CGCACACCUGCAGAUGUGCUUGCCCGAGGCCGAACGAUUCACGGAGUGUUUUGUUUUCCCUUCGAAAAUGAUUCGGCCCGACCUGGAAAUUUUGAUUUACGACUGAACUUUUGGCAUUCAGGCAUGGCUGCAAGCAAGGUGCCGGACUUCAGCUAUUCUUGUGAGAUCUGUGGGCUCGAAGGGCUCAAUGAUGAGCAGCUGCGCACCCACAUGUUGUUCCAACACGUUGAGGGCGCCGUCUCUUGCCCUUUCUGCGACCUUGGGGACAUCUCGGCUGACGAGUUGAUGGUGCACGUGAACAGCACGCACCUUGAGUACCUGACGCCUGAGCAUGAGCUGAUGGCCUUCAUUGACGAUGACGACCAGCUUCAGUACUCGACUGCUUCUGCUGCUUCACCCGAGAUUGAACUCGAAGGCAGCACCUCUGAGCCUUACUACAGCACCUUGCAGCGAUACCUUGAAAAGGCAAAAGUCCACGAAGACAGGCAACUUGAGGAGCUACCAAAAGAAAAUGGGGAGACGUGGACUUGGGACCAGCAGCAUAAUAACAACCUCAACAACAAUAACAACAACAAUGAUGAUGAAGAAGAAGAAGGAGAACCACUGGGCCCACCAGCUCCACAGCAUCUUGUUGAGAAAAGACAACCCCAAGGGUCACCCCUUCGAUCUCAGAUGUCUCUUAAUUUGAAGCAAAAAUCUAGUCCGGCUAAGGUUGUAGCACAGGUGGAACAGCAAUGUCCGCUGUGUCCUUUCAAACACUCAUCGCCAGUAUUACUUGAAGAGCACAUCAAUCGAGCCCACUUUGAUCUCACUAGUCCCUCUUUUCCUCCUGCCGAUCCUACGCCUCACUACAAUGGAGGUUGCGCUCCUUUGGCAACUUUCAGCGGAGGUGCUUCUGCUAGACAAAAAGACUACCACUGUCCCUUCUGCAGCAGGAGUUUUUACGACACACCAGACUUGGAACUUCACGUCAACAUCGAGCAUAAAGACAUCCUCAGCCCAUGCAAACCAACAAGUGUCAGAUCGAGGGUAGAAUCUGGCAGUGCUGAGGGCUGCCCUGUUUGCUGCAUGACUGGCUUUAGGGACCAUCGGGAAAUGACUCGGCACAUUGAAGAGCAUUUUAAUCAAAAAGGAGUCACCCCAAUCACACCAGACGUGUCUAGUGAUAGGAUGCUUGCUAGAGAGAUCGAGAAACGGGAAAAGGAAGUGAGACGUCAAAGAGAGCAAAAGGAAUUUGAAAUGCUCAGGGCUCAAUAUGGGAUGGACAAUCAAGGAAACUUUCGAGAGCAGAGCAUGACAAAUAUGCAAAAAGCAGUAUACGCAGGAGAAAUGAGUGUUUCUGAUUAUUAUGAGAGACAGUGUGAACUGAAAACAGCUGAGCAAAAUGGUGUCGAUGAUAGCAGCUCUUGCACCAAAGACCUGGUGCCUAAAAUACGAAGCUUCAGUGCUUCGAGCCCUAGUGUGGUGAACACCUUCAUGUGCACCACAGUUGACCACUAUGCUUCAACCUAUGGAGACAAGGGCUGGGGUUGUGGUUACAGGAACAUGCAAAUGCUGAUAUCAUCUUUGCUGCACCACACUGGGUACAACGAGCAGCUGUACAAGCCCUCCUUGGUUGGUGGGGGAAUCUUUGGCUUUGCAGUGGCCAGCUACGAUCAACCUAAUUCCCACAGUGCGCCUCUUGGAGUGGAGAUGGUCAGCCGAAGUUCAAUACCAUCAAUUUCAAGGCUUCAACAGCACAUCGAGUGGGCCUGGCGCCAGGGAUUUGACCUGCAGGGCUGUGAUCAACUGGGAGGCAAACUCUUCAAUACCCGAAAGUGGAUAGGGGCAACCGAGGUAGUAACAUUCUUCUCGUCCUUAAGAAUUCGUUGCCAGCUGGCUGAUUUCCAUCGUCCGACUGCCCCCGACGGUAGCCACCCAGAGAUGUUCAAUUGGGUGCUGCAAUACUUCCAGAGAAAUGAUGAAUUCAAACCUCCCCUUUAUUUGCAACAUCAAGGCCACAGUCGAACCAUUGUUGGAGUGGAACAGUUGAAAGAUGGAAACAUCAAUCUUAUUGUUUUUGACCCCAGCCACACACCACAGCAAAUGAACCAGUUGCACGGGACGGCAACUGCAGCUGCGGGGAUGCGCCUGAUCAAAAAAUCUUUGGCAGCCAUGAAGGCGCGGCAGUACCAGUUGGUGGCAGUUACAGGAAUAAUGGACACAGAGUAUGACUAUCAGCAAAGCAAAAUACUUCGUUCCAUUAGAGUGCCUCAAGACCGAUGAUCAAGACAGCUGCUUCAAGUGCCCAGUAUGCAUGCUGCGUUAGAUGAUGACGACUUACUCAAUAUGUGAUGCAACAAAAGUAGUUAAAUUAUGCAAAAUAUUACAAAUCUAAUCACUAUUUCAAUGGGUUCCCACUCCGUUGUGUCUGCACGAACUGUGUCCGAGCAAUACUUGUUACGCUAUUUUUAAUUGCUUUGCCUUGUGAAGAUGAAUCAGAAACUCUACGAAAUUGUUAUUUGUUUAUCAGAGUGGGUCUGCCUAUUUGCCUACUGAUGUUGAUGCCAGCCUUUAUUGCUGCCUGUAGAUGAAUAUCUGGGUUUUUUUGUUAGUUUUGAAAUUUAUUACAAAAAAUUUUGCCCGAAGAAAGUUCCUGAUUUUUAUUGUAUUCAAGUUUUUUAUUUAAGUGAUGUUACAUCCACAUGUGGAGCACAUUUUUACCAUGCAGGUGUAUGUACUUCUUGUGAUCACGAAACGUAGUUUCAACUUGACAUGUCCUAAGGAACACUGAAACCAGUAGACUCCACCAGCCACUCCUUGCACCUGGCUAUAAAUCCAUUAUCUCUCACCUAACACUCAUUUUGCUUGACAACCCCACAAGUCUCCUAUUCACAGAAUUAUUUUAUCAAAUGCAAUAAUUAUUAUUAUGUAAAAUGCAAAUUUUCAAAAUUUGGAGCUGACGAACAAAAAAUUUAAAUAAGUUUAUUUUAAAAUUCGAACUGCCAGUCAUCCAUGAAAUUAUAACACAUUAAUUAUAUAAGUUUAAAAAUACUCUAUGCACUCCCUAAUUCAGUAGCCCUAGACAGUGAAAUCUUUGAACAAUUAAUAAUAAUUAUUACUUUUUUUCUCGGUUGAAAAAUACAUCUAAAUUUUACUUUUACCUGAUGAAUGUUGCUCAACCUGAAUUAGUGAAUUGCGUUUUGAACUUACCUCUCUUACAAUUAAUCAAGCAAACAUGAAUUUUUAAAUAAUCAAAAUUAGCGGGUUUAAAGUUAAAAAAUAUCAGCCAGUUUGAAAUCUUCAUUUUUGAAUAGUUGUCAGUCAGCUAGAGCAUGUUAAAAAUAUAUUUAUCGCAACAUUGAAAAAGAGAAUUGAAAUCAGCACCUAAUUUUAAUAAAAGUUGCAGCUCCAAAAAUUUUAUGGUCAGAUCUAGAAGCAGAUACUACACACACACUAUUUGGGUAGAAUUUCAUCACAUUCCAUAAUUCAUAAUUCACUAAACUGCUCCUGACCGAUUGUGAAAAAUUCAGUGAUAAAAAACAAUUGAUCGACCAUUGUGAAAUUCCAUGACUAACACACAAAUGAACAAUAAAUUGCAUUAAUUUGCCACCUACACUAAAUAGCAUUUAUCAUUCAACCCAGUAUAAAAGCUUU